CCUUGUACCUUGAAUAGAAGUAGAGAUACCUGCAAGAGAUUUCAGAGGUAAAAUAGGUGAAAACAUGAUUGCCAAUGUCUAAUGACAUAUAAAGCUUGAGAGUCACUGAAAACUGCAAAGUUAUACUUUCCAUGCCUUUAAUCAACAUUUUAGAUGAACAAAAAGAUGCUCAACCAAAAAGAAAAAAACCCACACAAAAAUGAGGUAGAAAUUUCAAAACGGGAGGAAAAAUAUCAGUUUCUUUCAUUUAUUAUUCUUGCGAGCGCCUGUUUCACCACGGUGCCUCCCAUUUUGUGUAAGCCGCAAGGGUUUUCUCGCAGUGCUUAUCGAUUUUUAGGCCCCGGCACGACCAAGUGACCACUGCCUGUAUCGACCACUCUUGUCGCGUCACUGACGCUUUAUACAUUACCAGGAGGUGUCACCUAUUGGUCAGUGUGGAUGAACUCAGUGUUGAGAGACACAGCGUAAAUGGACAUUAAGACAAGAUGACAUAGUGGUCAUUGAAGAGGGACACAGUGUAGAUAGAUAGUGCGCAAAUUGGCACAGUGAGAUAAGAAACAGUGGCAGAUGUGGAUGGACACAGUGAGAUGUAAGGGCACAGCGGUCAGUUCAGAUGGUCUCAGUUAGACAUGAUGUAGUGGUGAUCAGCUUGAAUGGACACAGUGAGACAUAUGACACAGUGAUCAGUGUAAAUGUGAUGACACAGUGGUCAGUGCAGAUGGAUACCAUGUAGAUGGACACAGUGAGACAUAAUGACACAGUUGUCAGUGCAGGUAGACACACUAUAGAUGGACACCGCGCAGUGGAACUAAAGUGAGAUGAUAAACCAGUGGUCAGUGUAGAUGGACAUAAUGAGAUAUGAUAGAUCAGUGGUGUGUGCAAAUGGACACAGAGAGACAUGAUGGUGCAGUGAUCAAUGUAGAUAGACACAGUGUAGAUGAACAUAGCCUCGAGGAACACAGUUUAAAUGGACACAGAGACACAUGAUGGACUACCGGUCAGUGUACAUGGACACAGGGCAAUGGGACAAAGUGAGGCACGAUGAUGCAGAGGUCAGUGUAGAUACACAUUGAGAGACAUAAUGUCAUAGCGGUCAGCGUAGAUGGACACAGCGUAGAAAGACGCAAUUGAGGCAUAAUGAAAAAGUUGUCAACAUGAUGCGAAAAAAACGUGCAAGGAUCACAAUAUACGUCUUUCAGUGCUCGUUUUACAUACUUCGUAAAGUGACUUGAUCUUCUGCGUGCGGGCUUCGACGUUCUACAUCCAAUUCACGAUGACACCCGUUCCGGACAAGUGGGCGUGGUCAACAGUUAGGAAAACUGUUCUCUUCUUAUUUCUGACCGCAACGCUGGUGCUUUUCACCUUCGACGCCUUCGUCACCAAUAGAAUGACCCCUCGCGUUGUCCACUCUUUUCUGUCCGGGGUCCUGGUGGGUCCUCCAGUGAAACAAAACACUCAGGUGUCACUUCUUGGGGAGUCCUCCAUGCUGGUCAGCCAAGACCUCAAGCAGACGAAUACAUCAGCGGCGUCCGAGUCUAUAGCUGCUAUGGCAACACGAUCCUCAUGGGUGGAAAAACUUUCACCUCAAGCGAGAAAAUUCGCCGAAGACGAGUUAAGAAAACUAGGGUUUGAAUCAACUGAGGGGCAUGAGUUCAAAUCCCCGUUUAUCAUCACGCCAGUGAUUUACUCCAAUCUCACAACACCAAAAGCCGCCAUCUCGGGGAACAAAAGUAGGUCAACGAAAACCAUCUCUUGUUUUAACUGUCUGAAGUGGUUCACGACGACGGAUCUGAAUUUGUUAAAUAGAGAUUUCACCCGUUGUCCGUACAGUGAGUGCAAGUUUUAUUCCAAAUGGAGAGGUUCUGCAGACAUGGUGAUCAUAUUUCCGGAAUCCCACGGGGUGUUGCCAAAGUCUGUACGACGCCCGGGCCAGAUCUGGACGAAGGCUUUCUGGGAAUCUCCUGCCCAUUACGGGUAUCCACGAAACUACCAGCCCUGGAGAAAUGUGUUCAACUGGACGUUCACGUACCGCACCGACUCAGACAUUUUUGCGCCAAGCAAUCGCCUCAUCUGGCGCCAUAGGAGUCUGCUGCUCUCAGAUCGUGAAUAUCUGGACAUCGCAAAACAGAAAACGCGCACGGCGGCCUGGUGGGUGAGUAACUGCCCUACUGUGAGUCGGAGGAAGGCUUUUGUUCAGGAGAUGAAGAAAUACAUAGACGUUGACAUCUACGGCCACUGUGGUUCUCUCAAAUGUGCGCGUAAGGACUACGUGCAGUGUGAGAGAAAGCUAACCACGACAUACAAAUUCUACCUGAGUUUCGAGAACUCACUUUGCAAGGACUACGUCACGGAAAAAUUCUUCCGAAGUUUCCAGUAUCGAUCUCACAUUAUACCUGUGGUCCGAGGGGGGCUCGAUUACGACCGUUUCUUCCCCAAAGACAUUCUGGUCAACGCUGCUCAUUUCAAAAACGCCAAAGAGCUCGCCCUUUACUUGAAGGAGCUGGGUUCGGAUACUCAGAGGUACGCCGCAAUGCUAAAGGAGAAGGACAGGCUGGUGAGUUGGGGGAGGAAGUACGACUGGUGCGACAUCUGUGAAAAACUGCACACCAACCAGCAGGUCAAGACGAUACCGGAUAUCAAGAGGUGGUCACAUCACGAAACCUGCUACAAGCCCAACGACAUCACGUGAUUCUUUGAUGACGACACGUUCUUUGGUUGGAUUGGGUCAAAAGGAUCCUGAAAAAGCAUGCCAUAUCAAUUAUAAACGCCACACACUUAGCACGUGACCUAAACCUGCACAUAUCCUCGACAUAAUAAGGAUACCAGAGGUAGGAAAAAGUGUUAUAUAAAAGUUAACGUAUUCGGGGGGGGGGGGUGGACAAGAAUCUGUAGUGUAAUUGUUUUGCGCUGUCACGAACAGACAACCUUGACUGAGAGGAGUAUUAUAACAUCCUAGCAGAAAGACAGGUAGAUGACAGAUGAAAAAUCUCCCCACUCGAGAAUAGCGCUGGGGUUUCCUGUGAGCAGCGACGAAGUGCCUAACCGCUACAAAAAAAAUCAGACGCUGGUUCAAAAUGUUUCACUGCGGAAUAUAUUAUUUUAUACUAGCUUGGCCCCCCUUUCGAUGAAAGGAAUGAUCACUGCAUUAGGAUAGACUGAAAGUCAUUGGCCUACUAUAGUUAUACUCUACUGGAAUGGAACAAUAAAUCCUGAUAGGUGCAAAAAAUUAGGUUCAGAUAUAGAUCUAGUGAUGUAUAGAUGAAUUCUUUAUUCCGCUUUCGUGGUUGUACACUCCAGAAUUUCAAAGGAGAGGAAAAAGUGUGAAGGCUAUUGAACGGAAACUUCGGUGGUUGACAAUGGCGUCUUAGAAAACGUACUUUCCCAAGAUUAGAUCUACGAAACUAAUGAAAAACUGAAAAUUAAGCUAUUGUAACUUCAGGCGUCUCAAUAGAACUGUGCACCCUUUAAAUGAUUCUGAACCAACAUUAAUUUUGUCAAAUCUGAAUUUUUAGGCUGCCAAAGUGACGAACUUUCACAAAUAUAAUAUGACGUCUCAGUCCUCGUUAUCUGUUCAAGUCAUCGGGGAACACUAUCGUCACUUUAAAAAAAAAUGCAUAGUUCGUUUUUACCCAUUUUGAGAAAACGAGAAAAAAAAAUUUGUGUUCUUUCGAACAACUGACUCUUGUAAACGCUAGAAUUCUAGUGUAGGCCUACUCAGUAGAUUUUGGAUUAUUCUUUUUGUACAAGUAAACUAUAUUACAAAGCUGGCUUUUCUCUUCUUUUCAGAACCGAAAACAUCAGACCGGCCAAAAAUGACUCUGGCUAUAAUCUUAUGAGCGUAACGUUAUGAUUUAAGUUCCACUUCCGAUAGGACGGACAUCACAGAAUGGAAGACAAUAAAAAAAGCUACUAAAAA